GAACACAGGAGAGUUCCGAUGGCUGAAACCGAAAGUACGAACAUACCAUAGGAAUUUUUACAGACAGCUUCUGAAAAACUGUGGACAAAAAUAUGGAUCACUUCCAAUUGCUAAGGGAAAUAUGGCCAUUAUUACGUAAAUACAUCAUAGAUCCUAUUGAAUUGAUACCGUACAUACAAGGACUGAAUGAUAACGAUGUUGAGAGUAUAAAAGCGGCUUACAAUACCAGUAAGAUGACAGCUAUUGACAGAUUGUAUGACGCCUUAAGAAGGAGAGACAUUAAUUGUUUUCACAGUUUUCUUAUUGCCCUAUCUGAACAUGGUUACAGACAUGUAGCACAAGAAAUAAUGAAAAUCGGUAACAUUCCUGAGGAUUCUCUCCCGAGACCGAGAACAACUAACAUUGUCACAACAUCAAGCACAGGGCCUCCCUCUGUAUCCACAGGAGACCAAGUGUCUCAGUCAAGAAGAGGUUGUGCUCCAGAAGUGGCUAACGUAUCCUAUACAUCCUCACAGCCUACUAGUAGUGUUGGCAAUUCAGCUCAACCUGUCGGUGAAAACGCCCGAUUAACAAAAGAGACAUUACUUAGAGACCUGGAAGAUAGCAUGUUUGUAAAAUGGGCUGCUAAACUGAAUGAAGGUGAACUUUGGAGAACCCUGGGACAGAAGCUAAGCUUUAACAGACAGAAAAUUAAAACUAUAGGAAAAGAGAAAAAUCCAGGUGAAGCAGUGCUUGACUUAUUUCUUGAGAAGACAGUGCGGGAUCUACUACAGCUUUUGGGAGGAGACCAGAGGUUUUCAGAUCUUAUACAGUGCAUCAGGGAAGAUCUUGGUGAAGCAGAUUAUAAUAAUCUCAACAUCAAUCCAAGCGGAGAUCAGAAUGCGGAGGGUUUCAUAACUGUAAAUCUAGGCCCAUCCUCCAGAAAUGAUUCCUCGAGUAACCUACAGAACAAUGAGAACAUUUUGUCAGGCAGUCCAUCUCUAAAUCAGAGUUCCUCACCAGAGUCUGGCUCUGAGAAAUCCUCAACAUCUAAGUCACCGAAGUUAGAAGAGGAAAAAUCGCUGAAAUCGACCUCUGGAGGUGUCACAUUGUCCGGGAAUUUUUCUUCCGAUAGAGGAAUUUCUGCCCAGAAAGAGGAGCAGGUACCACCCCCAAUCACGCUGUCAGGAGAACCAGCGAGCGAUGGGGUUAAUUUUGUUAUAGCAGAGUCUCAGAGAGAAAUUGCCCAGGAAAAUGAGAGGAAAAAUAAGAUCCAUGACACAUCUAUGACAAAUAUAAAGGCAGACAUUACCAGCCAAGAAACAGAAUCUUUUCAUCAAACAUCCCCAAAGUCUAGUUUUUUAGAUGACAAUUUAAAUGACCCACAAGAUUUCUUUAAAGAAAAUAUGACAUCAAGCACAAAGAACAUCGGUGGACACAAUACAAAGAUUAACGCUAAGCAUGUCCCAGACGGAGCGACUUCAAAUCUCGAUGUCAACUCAGUCAUAUCAGAAAGUAAAGCUGAAACCAGUUCAGAAGUAAUGUCUCCCCCAAGGCAAAUCCAGUCAAGGGGACCAAUAGCUCAGAAUGAGGAAAUAGAUCCAAAUGAGGAGGGGUCCAACAUCAUGAAAGCAGCAAAGGAUUUAAGAAAGGGACUAGAGGAUGAUAGUCUUGGAGAGAUAUCAAAUAUUCCGAGGCCCUCUGGGAAUUCUAUAAAUAUCCCAGUUCAAACAACAGGCAGUACAGAGGAAGGAAGUCCCAUGGCUGCUCCCGAGUCCACAGCCAGCUCCAGAUUGGAUUUAUUUGGAUCAUGUCCUCAAACAUCCAUGCCUGCUGAACAACAAAAUAUCGGCAUGGAAAGACAGUUGGAGCAAACCAUUGCAGUUCCUGUGCCAGUCAGUGACGACUCCGAAGUGAAGAAUAUAGAGAUGGAGGCCAGAGCACUUCACAAUGAUACACUGAACACGCCAGUCACACAGAGCUUUAGAGACAUUCAAAACAGCAUGCCUGAUGAAAACGUAAAUGUAACCGAGGGUAGGGUAAGCUCCAUAGUGAACCAGUAUGCCUACAAUGCAGAAGUGACCUCUCAAGGUCAAUCUAGUAACACAAAUUUAUCUGAGACACAGAAUUCUCUUCAAGAAAUGUCUGGUUCAGAGAAUUUAUCAAAUGGAUUGAGUAAUGUUGCUUUACUAUCUGACAGUCUUUUAAGCAACACUGAGGCCACUAUCUGUAGCAAUGAGAAAACUCCUUCAGAUGACCAUUAAUUCGGACACCGCAUCAUGUACCUUAGUACAUCAACACCAAAAGUACUUCAUUGUCUUUCAAACCCUCAAACAUAAUUUGCAUCAAAUGCAAAACCGUGCUGUAAACAUAAGACCUAGGACCAAGUUUCAUGAAAGCUUUACAGAGCAAAAUAGUACUCUCUGUCCUUUCAUCUGUCUGUCCUUUUCUCAAAACUCACAUAGAUUGACUGCAUAAAAAACUUCUUACAGAACCCACAAACAUCAACACCCCCCCCCCCCCAUGAAGAAUGAUGAUUCCUCAGUUAUACAUUAUAGGUUUGUACUUGGAGCUGAAAUGUGAUAGAAUUUGUUGUGGAUAGAUUACAAAGAAUCAAAUGUUAUUGUUCCUAAGGAACUCUUUAUAAGUAUUUAAUUCGCACUGAAAUUUAAAUGUUUUUAUAUGAUCAAACACUGAAAUUUAAAUGUAUUUAUGUUUUGAAACACUUAAGUAGGCAUUCAUUAUGCAGUGUAGAAAUUAUGUACAUAUCAAGCUUUGAAAUUGUAAUUUGUUUUACAUACAAAUAUAUAAAUUCAUUUUUUUUCAUUUGGAUACAUGAUUAAUUCCAUACUGGGUAUGUAGAUCCCAUGUUUCAUUUGGAUAUGAGUUUGAAAUCUGUAAGUACAUAAUAUAGAUCCCAUGCUACAUUUAGAUGUCAGAUUUGUAGAAAGGUUGCUUUGAUGUAAAUUAUACAUUUAUAAAUACAGGGUGUCUUGUGGAAAACAGAUUGAAAUGAGAAUGGAAAAACCCUUUAACGCUCAGUUACGUGUAUGAGAAGAAAUGUGACUGAUUGAAUUCUACAAGAAAACUCCCAUAUUUAAUUUUCUUUUUGCUUUUUGAUCAUCUUAUCUUAUUAAGGAGGUACAUGUGUAUGCUACACCAGAGAAAUUUGAUAUGGAUGAAAAGUGCAGGAUAUAUACAACAAUAUUGUGAAAUUGAAAACUUUCAAAUUUACUUUAUUUAGUCAAAAAAUGUAAUUUUAGAAGGAAGUAAUAUGAAAAAAAAUUUAAAACCCCUGCCGGACUCUAACCCGCGAUCUACAGUUCAGUAGUUGACGUGCUAACCUAUUAACUCAUAUAGGUGAUAAAUUUUUAAAUGAAUAGGUAAAUAUUGCUGAUAUUUAUAUUUUUAUUCAUGUUUUAAAAGAAAGUUGGCCAUUAUGAGGUUGAAGAGUACCUCCUAAUGUGAUUUUCUAGUCCUGUUUUGCUAGUCUUAAGAUUUAACUAAUUUUCUGUUCUGUUUCAUGCAAAAGACUUUUGUUUUUAGAUUAUUCAUUAGCUUCUAUUUAUAGAUAUUUAAUUAGACAAAAUGUCUUGAUGUAUGAAAAGGAUGAGAAAAUUAUGAGCUGAUGUAAAGCUUACAAAUCCUCCAAGCUACAGAUUAGAGUGAAUGCUAUAAAUGUGGAACAGGUUUAGAAAUAAACCAUGUGGUUGUUCAUUUUUACUGCUAUGUAUAAUUAAUUUAUAUUAAUGAUGUGUAAUUCAUGUGUUAAUGAAUUGUUAUUUGUUCUGCUGUUAUUGUAUUGCACGUAUUUCUAUGUACUGAACCAAGAUUUAAGUCAAUGUAAUAAAUAUCUCUUUCAGCAAAUUGCAGUGAGAGAAGUGUGAAAUGCAGAUUUCCUAAUUAAUAAUACCUGUAUAUAUGUAUUUUGGUGAAUCUAAGGAUAAACUUGGUGCUUUUUUAUUCAAUACAAUAUUAAAAUGAU